UUACGACCGGUUGGAGGUCGCGGCAUUAAAAAGGUUGAGAACCACUGGUUUAGAUAGAUACUUUAUUAGACAGAGUAAAAUGAAACGAAGGAUGAGGACUAUAGAUAAGUCUGCAAUUGAUGUGGAAGGGAGAUGUAAUGACACUUUAUCACUUACACAGAUAAAAGGUAACAUGCAUUUAUAGAUAUAUGCUUUUUUCUGUGACCUUUCAGGAGUUAAAAGCCAACGCAGAUGUGGAAGCAUUAUACAUUAUCGGUAAAAAAAUUGAGCCUCAAACAGGAGUUCAUCUCCCUGAAAUAUCACCAGCGCACAUUUCAAACAGGACAUUCAUGGGGUUACAAAGUGAAGAGAAUGGCUCAAGGGUAGAAAAAAACAUCCAGGAUGAAAACAGAGAAAGGCAGAAGACCAGGAGAGAAAGGCAAGGGUUGGACUUAUUCAAAGAAGAGUUUAAUGAAUUAAAGGCUGGACCAUCAUUUUUUUCUGUAAAUCAUGUUAUGCCCCAAGUAAACAAUCAUGUUAUGCCCCAAGGAAACAAAGAAGAUAAGGAAGCAAAAGAAGAAAAUUUGCAUCAGGGAUAUCCCUCAACUGAUCCCUUAGUCAGCCCAAGGAUCCCAUUCAGUGCAAGGCAACAUGGUGAAUUAACCCACUUUUUAGGAGAUUAUGAGCCCUCAUUUACCAAAUUUCAAAAUGAGAGACCAAAAAACAACCCUUCACCUCCUGUUGAAGAAAACAGGCCGAAGAUACCACCAGAAAAGAAAAAGCUUCUGUUGGAAAAACUAUUUGGUCCAAACCGCAUAUUAAAUAACAAAUGAUGGCUGUGAUUCCAGUCAAGCGGAUAGAUAUUAGAUAAUAAUCAGAGAAUAUUAGAACUACGACAUAUUAGAGUGUACAUAGCAGAUAGUAUUAGAACUAGGAUAUUUUAGAUAGUAGAUAUUAGAUAGUAUUGGAACUAAGUGAUAUUAGCUAGUAGAUAUUAGUAUUAGAACUAGGAUGGAUAGUGGAUAUUAGUAUUAGAAUAUAUUAGAUAGUAGAUAUUAGAUAGUGUUAGAACUAACCAACAUUAGGUAUUACAUACUAGUGUUAGAAUGAAGCUAUAUUAGAUAGUAGAUAAUAUUAGAAUUAAGUGAUAUUAGCUAGUAGAUAUUAGUAUUAGAACUAGGAUAUAUUACAUAGUGCAUAUUAGUAUUAGAAUAUAUUAUAGAUAGUAGUUAUUAGAUAAUAUGAAGACUAGGAGAUAUUAAAAGUUUCUAUAGUUACUAUUGCAAUAAGCAUCACAAAAAACUUUUGUUAAUUUUUUGCACAUUUUUAUAAAACAUAUAUUAAAGGAAUUUUGAAAAAGAUGUUUUAUGACUUAUGCUUAUCAAUCAAAUCUUAUCAAAUAAGAAUUUCUUGAACCAUCUUUUUUCCUACUUGAAAUGAAUAAAGGAGAAUAUUUCUUUGCAGCUUAUAGUCAGUGAUGCUGUUUCACCACACGAGGGAGCCAAAGACUGUAUUCUAAUUAUAUUUACUAGACCAAUUGGAUUUAAUGUUAUAAACUUUGAAUUUUUAGUAAUGUUUUGGGGCAAUGGCUUCACGUAAGAGAACUGAAAGAAAUGAAAUAAGAUUAUCAGGAGAAGCUGA